GCGCGGCGGGGGCGGCCCGACGGGCGGCGGAAGUGCUGAAGCCAGCGGCGCUGCCCGGCGGCGGGCAGCGGAGGCCGCCUGAGGCGGCGGCGGGAUGCUAAGGGUGGCCGCCGUGCUGCUGGCAGCCGCCGUCGCCGCGCUGCUGCUCGACUGGUACGCGCCCGCGGGGUCUCCGCGCCCGGUUCCGGCGGGGCGGCGGCGUCCCCGAGCCCCUCAGCCGGCCCCCGGGGCGGAGGUCGCCAACUUGCUGUGGGCAGUGCAGGUGUCAGAUAUUCAUAUAAGUAGAUUUCGGGAUCCCAAACGAGCUACUGACUUUGAAAAAUUCUGUUCUGAAACAAUUGAUGUAAUUCAGCCAGCACUUGUUCUAGCAACAGGUGACUUGACAGAUGCUAAGACGAAAGAUAAACUGGGAUCUGAGCAGGUGGAAGUAGAAUGGAAAACUUACCAGUCGAUCCUGAAGAGAUCAAGGGUCAUGGAAAAAACCAAGUGGAUAGACAUCAAAGGCAAUCAUGAUUCAUUCAACAUUCCACACCUGGAUAGUGUUCGGAAUUACUACAGGAAAUACUCUGCCUGGCGUAAAGAUGGCUCUUUCCAUUAUAUCCACACCACCUCUUUUGGGAACUAUUCAUUCAUCUGCGUGGAUGCCACACUCAGCCCAGGCCCAAAGAGACCCUAUAAUUUCUUUGGGAUUUUAAAUAUGAGUCAAAUGCAAGAGCUCUCUAUGAUGGCAACAGAAAGCCUCUACAGCAAUCAUACUAUCUGGUUUGGCCAUUAUCCCACCUCAACAAUCAUCUCCCCAGCCCCAGGAAUACGAACGUUAAUGAGUUCUGCCACAGCUUAUUUAUGUGGACAUCUCCAUACAAUGGGUGGACUGAUGCCAGCCUUGCACAGUCAACACCAUGGUGGCACUCUGGAACUGGAAUUGGGAGACUGGAUGGAUAAUAGGAGGUACCGGAUCCUUGCAUUUGAUCAUGACCUCCUUAGUUUCACAGAUCUUACCUUUGAAGAAUGGCCUGCAGUUCUCAUCACCAAUCCCAAAUCCCGCCUUUACAGUAGUUCUUCUCAUGAACCACUAGUAAAAAUUCUUUACUCCACUCAUAUCAGAAUUCUGGCCUUCUCUCCUUCUGUCAUUACCUCUGUCAAAGUCUAUAUAGAUGGAGUUCUUUUGGGGAAUGCUCAUCAGGCAUCUGGCCCUCUCUACGUGCGGAAGUGGAACCCGCAAAAUUACAGUGAAGGGUCCCAUCAAAUAGAUGUGAUUGUCCAGGAUGCUUCAGGAAGAGUUAGCAAACGGGGUCAUAUAUUUUCAAUGGAAGAAAACCUUUCUCUUAAAUUUGGCUUUUUGCCAUCUGUUAUUCUUCUUACUGACCACUAUGUUCUAGCUCGUAUGCUGUUUGGAUUGAUUGUGCUGAUUCAGAUUGCCUUGCUCGUUGCUUUCAGAUACCUCCAAAAACCAGCACUCAGAGAAAAGCCAGGACUACUGAGUCUGACCUCAUUUUCCCUUCACGUCUUCAGUAAAACAAACACGUUAUAUUACUCAAUUCUGCUUCUGAAUUUAUACACGAUUUUGGGACCAUGGUUUGUAGGUGAACUAGUAGAUGGCCAGCUGGGGGCCUGUUUUUCUUUCGGGGUCUUUGUUGGUGGUUCCUUCUUACAGGGCAGUCUGACAUACGUGGUUGGGAUUUUACAGAUGUUGUUUUUCAACAUGCCAUUAAUGGCCUAUCUGUGCUGGUGCCUGUUGCUGCGGUGCCAGGGUCACAGUUUCCAUUCUCACAUCCAUCACGUCCGACGCCUCUUGGCUGUGCUUAUUCAUCUGGCAAUGGCACUCCUGCUGGCCUGGCAGGUCUAUUCUUGCUAUUUCUUGCAGCGAACCUAUGGGACCUUGGCUUUCUUCUUCUCCCCAAUGAGAACGUGGCUGGUGGUGCUGACCUCAGCUCUGAUUUAUAAAACCUGGACACUUAAACCAUCUGAGCUCAGAACUUACAUAGUAGAAAUGAAAAACUGUCAGAGCUCCUGAAAUACAAUAAAGUAGUCCAAGUUUGUCAACUU